ACGUUUCGUUUCCCCUUCACUUCCGGGCUGAUAACAAGGGCCGUUGAUGCCCGCAGAUUUUCAUUAAAAUAUCUUAGUUUAAUAAAUACAUUGGCGCCAUAGCUGUGAUGUUUUGGGAGUGAUAUGGUCACAAAGCCUACAAAUGAGGUUGGUGUAUUGACGAAAUUAUUCCAAGAGACGCAGGAAUAGCGGAUGAUGAAGAGGUGAACUGACUAAAACCAAGCUGUCUGUCAGUACAUCCAUCAAGCGGAUCUAUCAGAGGAACCACCAGUGCAUGAGAAGGAACACAAUCAGUUUUCGAAAGAAGUGUUGGGGUGUAUCCCUCACUUCCUGCCCCACCCACCUCAACUCAGACUCCACCCCGUGACCCUUGACCCCUGACAUCCAAGAUGAAACUAAAAGAGGACAUGAACCCACUGCUGCUGCAGGUCUUCCGCUCGGUUGUCUGGGUCUACUCUGUCAUCACCUUCCUGCCCUGGUACCUGCUCUCAGGCGCAGGAGCCAACCUAGACCGGGCGCGGCGGGUCAAGGCACGGUCAGUGAGCGGUCGCCCGGCGGGCCCUUACCGGGCGACCAACCAUGAGGAUGGUAGCCAGCAGAAGCUGGUGUCUUCCUUGCACCCAGGAGUGGACACCCUGGACAAGGUGAUGGAGCAUGGAGCGGCCAGGUUCCCAGAGAGGAACUGCCUGGGCACGAGAGAGGUGCUGAGCGAGGAGGACGAGCUCCAACCCAACGGGAAGGUCUUCAAGAAGGUGAUCCUGGGGGAGUAUCAGUGGAUGUCGUAUGAGGAGACCUACCAGGCAGCAGUGUGUUUUGGCAGUGGGCUGGCCGCGCUGGGCCAGAGGCCUCAGUGUAACAUCGCCAUCUUCUGUGAGACCAGGGCCGAGUGGAUGAUAGCAGCACAGGCCUGCUUCAUAUACAACUUCCCAUUGGUGACGUUGUACUCUACUCUGGGCGGAGCGGCCAUUGCCCACGGUUUGAACGAGACUGAGAUCACCCACAUCGUCACCAGCAAAGACCUGCUACACAGCCGUCUCAAGGACAUUCUGUUGGAGGUGCCUCGGCUGCAGCACAUCAUCGUGGUGGACAGUAAGCCAACCAGUUGGCCCGGCUUCCCCCGCGGCAUCAUGGUCCACAACAUGGACGCCGUGCAAGAACUGGGCUCCAGACCCGACAACAUGGCGGUGGCGCGCCGGCGGCCCGUGCCCUCUGACAUCGCUGUCAUCAUGUACACCAGCGGCUCCACGGGCAUCCCCAAGGGCGUCAUGAUCUCCCAUAGCAACAUCAUCGCGGGCGUCACAGGCAUGGCAGAGCGCAUUCCAGACCUGGAUGAGACAGACACCUACAUUGGGUACCUGCCACUGGCCCAUGUUCUGGAGCUGAGUGCAGAGAUGGUGUGUAUCUCUCACGGCUGUUGCAUCGGAUACUCCUCCCCACAGACGCUAGCAGACCAGUCGACUAAGAUUAAGAAGGGCAGUAAAGGAGACACCAGUGUUCUAAAACCUACACUCAUGGCUGCUGUACCGGAGAUCAUGGAUCGGAUCUAUAAGAAUGUGAUGACAAAGGUGGAGGAGAUGAGCAGUGUGCAGAGAACCCUCUUUGUAUUGGCCUACAACUACAAGAUGGAACAGAUCACCAAGGGCUACAAGACCCCGCUCUGUGACAGUCUGGUGUUUAGGAAAGUGCGCUCGUUGUUGGGGGGUCACAUGAGGGUGCUGUUGUCAGGCGGAGCGCCCCUCUCUGCUGCCACCCAGCGCUUCAUGAACAUCUGCCUCUGCUGUCCCGUGGGCCAGGGCUACGGCCUCACCGAGACCUGCGGAGCUGGCACCAUCAGCGAGAUGUGGGACUACAGCACAGGCCGGGUCGGCGCUCCUCUGAUCUGCUCCGAGAUCACCCUCAAGGACUGGGAGGAGGGCGGUUACUACAGCACAGACAAGCCACACCCGAGAGGGGAGAUUGUAAUCGGCGGGCCCAACGUGACUAUGGGUUACUACAAGAACGAGGUGAAGAACCGCGAGGACUUCUUCGUGGACAGCAACGGCCAGCGCUGGUUCUGUACAGGAGACAUCGGGGAGUUUCACCCAGACGGGUGCCUCAAGAUUAUCGAUCGUAAGAAGGACCUGGUGAAGCUCCAGGCUGGGGAGUAUGUGUCUCUGGGGAAGGUGGAGGCCAUGCUGAAGAACUGCCCUUUCGUAGACAACAUCUGCGCCUACGCAAACAGUGACCAGUCGUAUGUGAUUGGCUUCGUGGUGCCCAAUCAGAAGCAGUUAAUGGCGCUGGCGGAGCAGCGAGGGUUACGCGGCAGCUGGGAGGAGAUCUGUAACAACCCUGACAUGGAGAGAGAUGUUCUCCACAUCAUCACAGAGGCCGCUCUGUCAGCCAAACUGGAGCGCUUUGAGAUUCCGAGGAAGAUCUGUCUGAGUGCAGAGCCUUGGACACCGGAGACUGGCCUGGUGACCGACGCAUUCAAACUCAAACGCAAGGAGCUCAAAUCACACUAUCAGGAAGACAUCGAGAGAAUGUACGGUGGCAAGUAACACACACACACACACACACACAGGCAUACGCAAGGAAUCUAACAAGCACUAAUGACAUGAAAACUGGAGAGAAUGUACGGUGGCGGCAAGUAACACACAAACAGACACAGCCCCCCCCUUCCCUUCCCAAGACAGAGGGGCCAAACCAGUUCGAGCAGCAUCAGUUGCUUGUCUUCGUCAAAAGUUUUUCGGGGUCUGUGUGUUGCUAUGACGACGCUGGCAUCACGGCGUGACUCGGCCUUGACACGGAAAAUGACACGUUAAUCUUGUCCCACUCCUCCGCUCCUCUCCUACGUUUCUCCUUCCCUUCUCUCUCCUAUCCUCCAUCUAGCAUGGUCUUCGGCCUCUGUGUGUAGUCCAGACACCUGUUAGUAGAAAGGAUGUUUUUUUUUUUUGUGUGAAUGUGGCCUGGAUCGUGUUCAUUAGGCAUCGAACGGAAGAAAACUGACUGAAACAGGGAUGGACUACCUGAACUUGUCCAACAAACGUUUUGCUAUGUUGUGCACUAAUGAAUACGACUCUGAAAAAUGAGGCCCUUCGGUUUAAACGUUCCACAUCCAGGUUUGAAUCUAUGCAGGGAUCCCUUUUAUUGUAUAAAUGUUUUGGGAUGUGGUGAUGUUUUGUUCAUGUUUCGUUGUCUUUCUUUUUUUAACGUAAUUGGUUUGUCUUGAUUCAUUUCCGAAACCUAUUGGAUGAACAUCUUGUAAUUAGUGUUUUGCGAAACCAUAAGAUUUUUGUAACGCAACUCACAUUUUUUUUAUUUGCUUUCCUUAUUUCUUGUUUUUCUCUGAAUGGUUUGUUUCUCAUUUAUCUGUUACCAAACUGACAUUUCCCUCGUCUGCCUCUAGGUCCUGAAGGUUGCUUCUAUUCUAUGGAAGAGUAUGUGUUUACUGACUUGACUAGAUGAAGUCCUAUGUCACUUUGUUACAGUGUGCCAGUGAUGGAAUCUCCUCCCUGCUCUGUGCCCCUGUGUGUGGCUACGGGCUGAUGUGAUGUGCCUGGGUUGGCUGGUGGAACCUGUUUCUCGUAAUGUAGCCUGAUCCUGGAUCGGUUUUUACUUUAGCCACCUCCUCUUGACUAUUUGUGAGAUGUCAUGAGUUGACCCAGGUAAGUAAUGAUGGUGUCCCGUAAAGCUGAUCGAAGUUUAGUUUCUCUUCCCUGUGGUUGAGGCUAGGAUGGGGAGAGGACAAGCUGAUCCUUGAUCUGUGCCUAAAGGGCAACUUCUCAGCACGUGACACCAAUCCUACUGAGACCCUUAUUCAUUUCUACUCUGUCACUUAACCAGUAGGAGGCCGUCUCUGCCACUGGUUCAUCUUUGAAACAUAAUCUGUAUAGUAAUGUCCAAAUUUACAGGGGUGUGUAUGUGUGAUUUGUGUGUGUGUGUGUGUGCGUUCUCUGACCCUGAGCUUGUUCCCUAUGUCUCUGUGAAGCCCGCUGCAUGCCCACCCCACCUGACCUGUAGAAGUCUGUUACCUUUCAAUGUUUCCUCCAGCAAAACGAUGUUACAUACACAGUGUCCUGCUAAACCAGGUCUGUGGCUCUAUAAACCAUGUUAUCACCAGGACGAUCUGGUUCUGUAAAACCACGUAGAUUGUCUUUAUCGACAUGGGCCUAAACCUGCCGUUUUUACUCCCUAAAAUGAUGACCCGUGUACCGCAUGGACGUCUCCUAAGAGAGCCAAUGGCUCCCAGUCCAGAUCUGUAGCCGUUUGCCUUUUUUAGUUGCUCUUCGGCAGACUGUGUGUUUGUGUCAUCCAACGGUAGGUCCCAUCUACCCCGAUAUCCCUGUUCGUAUUACAGGAAUGCAUUGUCCUAUUUCUUUGUCAUAGCUCUAGUUACUGUUGCUAUUAUUGAUGAAAUAUGAAAUGCCGAUUGAAUGUGCAAUAUUUAUACGAAAUAUAAAUUUUAAAACCUAAAGUAUGUAAAGGAAAAAUGCACAGAGAGAGCGAGCCCCUUCACAGUGUAUGAAUGUGUGGGUGUGGGCCUGUCUCUUUCCAAUUAAAUGUACAAAGAAAACCUAGAGGACAGGCGGACGGACAGAAAACAUUGUUGUAGAAGUAGUAACACAUAGCCUCUUUAUGGUGUGAUAUUAGUGGCAACAGAAAUGUAAUCUGAAUUCCAUCUUGAAUUCAUUCAGAUUUGUUGGCAGUAAUAUGACUCUAUACUUAUUUUUCUGUAUUGUGAAAGUGCUGUACCAAUUAUAGUAAUGAAGACUAAUAUUUUGGCCUUGUAAAAGGAAAAAUACAAUGGUGAAGAAUAAGGCACUACAGGUGAACAGAUGUAUGUCUCCGGGAAGUUAUUAGGGUUGCAUGAUUCCUUGUGAAUGCACUAAUAUACAUUUGUGACGUAUAAUGUAUUCAGAAAUAAAGUCCAAGAUGAAAAGUCAUGUGGGCAAUUCCAUACGAGAUAUGUCAUCCUUGGAAAGGUACUUUGGGGUAAGGAGGUUUGGCAUACCUUUUUUUAAAGUUGAAAUCAUUGAUUUAAAAGUUGGAAAGUUCAUGACAUUUUUGCUUUGCCCAGGCCUUUUGAAGAUAUGACCCAUUUUAUAGUGCAAAUCACCAGCAGAGGGAGUUCUGAAUCCGUUCCCGCGUGAACUGUGUUGUAGAUGCUCCAAAAAUAGAUCAUCAUUUCAAAAGUAGCAGAGUGACCACUCUGGAAAUGUUAUGUACUUGUAGAGUAUAUUGUUUUCAAACCAUUUCCAAUACUGAACGAAAUUCAAGUGUACUUUUUUGAGACAUUUACGAUAAGGCCCGGGUAAGGCCAAAAUUUCACAGUUAUUUCUCAAUUAUUUUGGGUAGAGAUGUCAAUGGUAUUCCAGACAAAAUGAAGUUUUUAUUGAUUUCAUUUCAGGAAGAUUAAAAGCAUCAAAUAUCUCUGGGCCAAUCUCGUUUGGAAUUCCACGUACAUUAUAGGCUGCCAUAUAUGUAUUGUCUGCGUAUGAGCAAUGUACAGUAUAUACCGUAGAAGAAGAACAGCUUGGAUAUUUAGCACAAGGGAUAUUUCAGCAUUUGAAAAGGACCCUCGGUUUUGGGAAGUAGUCCAAAACACUGAUAAUGUUACGAAUGAGGAACCCAGGUGCAGGCUGGUUCCCGUUCUUCUUACAGUUCCUGAUAUUUCAUUGGUUCUUUGUAUUCAAUUCCCAACCAAUGUCUGUCCAGUCUGCUGCUUUGCUAUCCCAGGCCACAAUUGGUUAAGAAGAUUUGUUCAUAGGAAUAUACAAAUUGCUGUAUCUUGAGUGUUUCUCUGAGGUUAUACACAUAUACACAUACAUGCAUACAUACACUACCAUUCAAAGGUUUGGGGUCACUGAGAAAUUUCCUUGUUUUUGAAAGAAAAGCAAAAGAUUUUGUUCAUUAAAAUAACAUCAAAUUGAUCAGAAAUACAGUGCAGACAUUGUUAAUGUUGUAAAUGUCUAUGGUAGCUGGAAACGGCAGAUUUUUUAUGGAAUAUCUACAUAGGCGCACAGAGGCCCAUUAUCAGCAACCAUCACUCCUGUGUUAUAAUGACAUGUUGUGUUAGCUAAUCCAAGUUUAUCGUUUUAAAAGGCUAAUUGAUCAUUAGAAAACCCUAGAAGGCUAGCAUCCCAGAGUCGCCUCUUCACUGUUGAUGUUGAGAUUGGUGUUUUGCAGGUACUAUUUAAUGAAGCUGCCAGUUGAGGACUUCUCAGGCGUCUGUUUCUCAAACUAGACACUCUUAUGCACUUGUGCUCUUGCUCAGUUGUGCACCAGGGCCUCCCAUUCCUCCUUCUAUUAUUCUGGUUAGAGCCAGUUUGCGCUGUUCUGUGAAGGGAGUCGUACACAGCGUUAUACGAGAGCUUCAGUUUCUUGGCAAUUUCUCGCAUGGAAUAACCUUCAUUUCUCAGAUCAAGAAUAGAGUGACGAGUUUCAGAAGAAAGGUCUUUGUUUCUGGCCUUUUUGAGCCUGUAAUCAAACGCACAAAUGCUGAUGCUCCAGAUUCUCAACUAGUCUAAAAAGGUCAGUUUUAUUGCUUCUUUAACAGUUUAUCUGUGCUAAAAUAAUUGCAAAAGGUUUUUCUAAUGAUCAAUUAGCCUUUUAAACUGAUAAACUUUGACUAGCUAACACAACGUGCCAUUGGAACACAGAAGUGAUGGUUGCUGAUAAUGGGCCUCUGUACACCUAUGUAGAUAUUCCGUUAAAAAAAUCAGCGGUUUCCAGCUACAAUAGUCAUUUUACAACAUCAACAAUGUCUACACUGUAUUUUUGGUCAAUUUUAUGUUUUUUUAAUGGAUAAAUUGGCUUUUCUUUCAAAAACAAGGACAUUUCUAAGUGACCCAAACUUUUGAACGGUAGUGUACAUACAUUACAUGUCUUAGUAGUGAAGUCAUCCACUUUAACUACUGAUGUACCUAAAGACAAGGAACAAAGUUUGGUGUACAGAUUAAUUUGACCUCUCGCAUUGUUUCUUAAAUAUGUUGGAAGGGGAGGGGUUAAUAUGAUCAAAUUUCCUAAAGCUAUACCAGUUGUGCAGGUGUAAAACCUCAUUUAAACCUAUUUGGUCUUCUGUUGUUCACCAGUUUUUUGGGGGUGGGUCUUUUUCCUUCUCGUUGAGCGUGGGUUACUGGCCUUGUGAUAUCAUGGGCUAUUUGCAAAUGUUUCCUUAUUUAUUUGGCCUUGGAAAAUAAAAGUUGUGAUUGGUCUAAAAAUG